ACUCCGUGAGAAGUUUCUAUUUCAAGCUAACUUAAAGAAGGAAAGCCUUCUAGCAUGGCCCGUCCAUCUUCGCUCCCCGAACUUCCUCGAAACAACAACGACGUGUGGGAGCUCAACAAAGAUUUAGAAGAGAUAAUAGAAAACAUUGAAAUUGUAUCAGUGCAGCUGACUUGGAUGGCUUAUGACAUGGUGGCAUUGCGUACCAGUCCCGAACUGGAGGCCUCUAUGCGGAAACUGGAAGAGACUUAUCAUAGGUGCAGAGCUGCUGUCUGUGAAGAACCAGAAGAGGGGACAGAGAAGUGCAGUUGUCCUGAUCCUAAUACCACAACACUGACUCAGAUAUGAUGAUAUAUAUAUGAUAUAUUAUCAGAUCAUAUGAUCUGAUACCGAUAGGGUUUUCAGUUCAUUAAAGUACCCCACUGAGGUGUCAUUAAAAAUGUUUUAAAUGUUUUUGGUGUUUUAAAGUAAAUGUUAAAGCACUAAAUUUAUUUUGAUAUGGAUAAGUCAGUAUUUUGGCUGAUGUGUCUUCUGUGAAACAGAUGUUUCAGUGAGUAAUGUACCGACUGCAGCUCCUUAACUGUUGUUCACAUGGACUGCGAAUUGUUUGUUUUGUAGUUACUAAAGUGUUCUGAUUUGUUUAGCCUGUGAAAUUGAGUAAUAAAAAAAAUUAAAUGAG